AUGGCUAUCGCGGCGACGUUCUCCCUGUUCUACACCAUUCUCUUCGGAUCCUUUGCAUAUGCCAUCCCGGCGUACAGCACCUUCAAGGCCGUAGAGAAGAAGGGCGGCGAGGACGUGCGGGAGUGGGCACAGUACUGGGUGAUCUUCGCGGUAUUCAUCCUGUCGCAGUGGCUGGUCGACUUCCUCCUCUGCUGGCUGCCUUUCUACUACAUCGCCAAGCUGGGCUUCCUUGUCGCCCUCUGGCACCCCUCCACCAAGCUGGCAUCAUCCAUCUACGCCAAGGCCUUCGCCCCCCUCGUCUCGAGGGCAGGCGCUCGCAGCGGUUUUCAGGAGGUGGACGCGGGGGCGGCCGGCGCCGGCAGGCGUCUGGGCGGCCGGGGCAUGCAUACGGCGUGCUAG